AUGUCGACGGCAGCGUCGCUGCACCAGAAGCCGCACGGGAGCGGCGCCGGAGGGUGCUGCAGCAUCGCCGGGACGGUGGAGGUCGUGGUGGCGUUCACGGGGGUGUGCCUGGCGCUAUACGGGAUGAUACUGUACCUCGACUACCUGUACAAGCGGUUAGGGCCGGGGCCGGGCGGCCUGCACCGGACGACGGGGUCCGGCGCUGCGGCGGGAAAGAGGGGCGGCGGAGGGGGGCUCGACAAGGCGGCGCUGGCGGCUAUGGCGCCAGUGUUCAGCUUCAAGGUGGAGGAGGAGGCGGAGGGGCAGGAUUGCCCGGUGUGCCUGGGCGCCAUGCAGGACGGCGACGCCGUGCGCGCGCUGCCGGGGUGCAGGCACGCGUUCCACGUCGGCUGCGUCGACGUCUGGCUCUGCACGCACGCCACCUGCCCCGUCUGCCGCGCGCGCCCUGCUCUCCCGUCUCCGGCGCCGUCCAAGGCCCGUGGAAACGCGACGGACCAGCCCGCCGGACGGGAGCCGGACCUGGAGAGUCAGCUAUAG